CACGAUCAGUCACUGUGACGGCGGCCACCAUGGCCUCCUCCUCCACCACCACCUCUGCAACGCUCACGAGCCCCUGGCGCUACCUGCUCCUCCGCACGACCCCACCCACCGACCCCCUCGCCCUCCGUCUCACGCUCCAAACCUCCCUCUCAGAGACGUUCGGGCUGACCGCCGCGGGCACCCAGAUCGACGUGCUCUGGAUUGCACCAGGGGAGGAGAACGAAAAGGGGAACAGCGGAACUUCAGGAAGGGCGAUUGUGCGUGUGUCGAACUCCGGGUGAGCAGUGCUAUCGGCUUUGUGCGUGCGUGUGUGUGCGCGGCCGGCUGAACGUUACUUGUAGCGCCGAUGCGACGAGGGUGCUCG